AGCAGAUCUGCCUUCAAUGCAUGAACCCUCUGGAAGUGUGGACGAAGUUGGCGUUCGACAACUCUGUCUUUGAUGAGUCACGGCCGGUCUGUCACUUCCAAGAGUAAUGGCUCUCAAAGUCGCUCGGCGGGGCGUACUGCCAGGGUCCGAACUCGUGGUCGGAUCAGGCACGGCGCAAAACCGCAGCUCAGAGACUUGUUGCUUGCCUGAAUAUAACAAGCACGUUGCUUUAUCGAAGUUUUGUUUGUGCACGAUGUGCGCCGCUACAUAGUAUAAUCUUUGAUACCUGCGCUUGACGUUGUUGUGAACAAGCAGCCGUCUCCCUUGCCAUGCCUUCAGUCAAUGGCUUGUCCACUGACAAACCUUCUGCCAUGUUCAAUCGCUCAUUGACGAAGAAGUACCCCCUUGCAACGGAAGCCAAUGGUAUAUACGUCAGCCUCGAGGAUGGAAGAAAAAUCAUCGACGGCUGUUGUGGUGCAGCAGUGUCCUGCCUAGGGUACCAACAUCCACGGGUGAUACAAACAAUGAUCGCACAGUGCCAGAAGUUUUCCUGGGUCCAUACAUCCUUCUACACACAUCGAUCACAAGAAGACUUGUCCAACUUUCUCAUUUCCAAAAGUCAUGGCGUGUUCUCCAAAGUGGCACACUAUUCUUCAGGCUCCGAGGCCGUGGAAACCGCCCUCAAGAUGGCACGUCAGUAUCACAUAUCCAAUAAUCAGCCCGAACGGAUUUACUUCGUCGCUCGCAUUGAUGCCUAUCAUGGGAACACAUUGGGAGCUCUUGCAGCUGGCUAUAACCUAGCUCGUCGGGCAGCCUUUCAGCCAAUGUGUUCAACAGCUUUCCGGCACGUUGACCGCUGCUUCUAUCGCAAAGACGCCAGGCCAAACGAGUCCGAACAAGCAUACGUUGAUCGUCUCCUACGAGACUACGAGGCUGAAUUCCGGCGGUUAGGUGCUGGCAAGGUGGCGGCCGUGAUUCUUGAACCCGUUACCGGAGCCACUAUCGGCACAGUCACUCCCGUCUCCAACUACUUGACCAGAAUUCGUCAGCUGUGUGACAGUUAUGGAGUUUUGCUGAUCUAUGACGAAGUCAUGUGUGGGAUGGGUCGAACGGGUAUAUAUCAUGCCUGGGAGGGCUAUGGUGGCUUGAGUUGCGCCCCAGACCUGCAAGCCAUCGGUAAAGGACUCGCCGCAGGCUAUCAACCACUGUCAUCUGUGUUGAUAAGCGACAAAGUGUACAAGGUGCUGGAGGGUAAUGACAAGACUACAUUCGUCAACGGUCAUACGUACCAAGGACAUGCUAUGGCCUGUGCGACCGCCUUGACCGUACAGCAGGUCAUCUUUGAUGACGAUCUUCUUAGCAAUGUCAAACGUCAGGGGGAAUACCUGGUAGAGCUGCUCAACACGCAGCUGCCCCCCGAAAUUGUCUACGACAUUCGUGGGCAGGGACUGUUCCGGACUGUCGAGUUUACAGACAUUUCAGGACGUAUAGGGCCAAAGGUUCGCGAUAUUUGCUUUGACAAUGGUCUUGCAGUUUAUUUGGCAUCUGGGGAUGUCGAUGCUAUCCUUUUCGCACCACCAUUCAUUAUUACCGACAAUCAAACCGAAGAUAUUGUCCGAAUUUUUGUGCGGGCGGUAAGUGCAGCGAGGAAAACAAGCACAUCGACAACGAGCCAGAAGAAUUGA